AUGACACUGACAACAGACAAGGUAAGACACGUUUCGAUCAUUGGGUGCAAUUUAUGUGUAAAGGAAUGGGUUAAAACAUGAGAGUUACGAGUUUUUAAAGUGGGUUAAAGAGUAUUUUAAAGUUUCAAGGGUGGUUGUAGGAUUUAGCAACCUGAGCUCAAAGUACUGGGCUGACAGUGGUCAUUUCCUUUCAUUAAAAAAAGCUGUAGGAACACACAGGCGGGAAAUACAUAUUUUUUUUCCCUCUAAGGGGCACCUGAGCAUCAAAACCUGUCAGUCAGAACACUCCUUCAUUUCAGGUGCAAGCUGGGAUGGACCUCGCUGACCUCCUGCUCAGGAACGCAGAUGAAAUUGCAGGUAUCCAUAGCAACCAUCCAUGGAGCAACACCAAUGACGAUGUGAGUGCAGUGGUCCUUCUCUGCAGUUUACUCUGAAGUGAAGGGGGAAACCUUGGCCUUAAGUUAAUUAGAUCUCAUGAUAAACACCGGACUGUUCUAGUGAUUUGUAUCCUUGGUAGGGCUUUGUGUUAUUGAGCUGAAAUCUGAUUGGAGUUUAUUUAAGGUUUCAUUAUGCUCUUCUGUUUGGUUUCACUGUGAUUGACCGCUGCAAGGCCAUGAAAUAACCUGGAAAACUGAAUAGGCGAGAAUUGAUGUCAUGAAUAUGUGAUUGAAUCGUCAAAUUUGUGAUAGUAGUAGUGAUAUUAUCAUGGUAUAGUGUGAGCAAACACUUCCUUCUCCUCCUCCUUAGACACUGAACUCUGAAGUCUCAGCUUCAGAUGACUUCCUGGACGCCCUGCUGGGUGGGAGCGAGACCUCUUCAGCAGCAGCGUCCCCCCUGUGGUCACCCUGCACCACUGACAGCGGCAUCAACGACGACCCCCUAACAGACCCCACAGAGAGCUUACAGCCACUCCCCUGCAUUGUUUUCCCAGCCUUUGACACAUUACCUUUCCCUCAGCCUUCACCCCUGGAGAACCAGCCACCUUCAAAUGACACAGAGCCUCACGUCUCCAUAGAUCUAGGUGAGAAAACUGCUAAGAAAUUCAUGAUGUGAAACAGUCUCAGAUAUUGAAAAAGGUUGUCAUACUGAGAAAAAGUUGUGGAAAAAGGUGUUCCACAGUGAUGAAUAAUAAAGCAAGACCUUGUUGUGAUUUUACCCAUCCAUAUUUUCUGAACAAAAAUAAUGAUUGCUACCCACAGAGCCUUUUGACAGUCGAUGUUUUUUACAGAAUAAAUAAUUUGUUUUUCCCCAUUUUGAGCAACAGUAAAGGACAAAAGGCUAUUGCUUGUUAUACAGUCAUCACUCAAGCCUUUUUAGGUCAACUUUUGUUGAAUGGCCCGUGUCACAUUGUCGAGGGCUGAACCUUUUAGUGCUAAAAAUACUUAAAAUCUCAUCAUCAACAACAACAAAGAGGUAUUAAACCCAGAGAGAAGUGAUGUGGUUUAUGAAGAGUAUGUCAGAUGCGUGCAUUAAGGAACAGAUUAUUAAGACAGGCAGAACCCUAAAGAUUGAGACUGUUUAUUUAAAUGGCACGUGGAUGUAAUUUUGUGAAUUAUUACCUGCUGUUUCACCAGUACACUCUGCGGACUUGGAGUCUGCAGACCUCAAGGAGCAGUUUGGCAUUGCAUACUACCUCACAACAAACCAAGCGUCCCCUCUGUCGUCUGCUCAGACUCUUACAGUGAAGGACUUGCUGUUAUCCAACCUGGGACAAAAAGUAAGAAAAAUUAUAUAUUUUCAAAGACUGGGAUGUUUCAUGUGAGAGAUUAAGCCCUUCAAGGUGUAUAUCAUUAGGAAUUCAAGUAAAUAUUAAAGCCAGGUGGUCAGUUGCUCCCCUUGAGUCUAUAAAUAACUGACACCGGACUCCUCACUCGUCACUACAAUGAAAUCAUUGUUCUCUGCUCCAGGAGUCCAGCAGUCACAGUAAUGGUCUCUAAGCUACAGUUUUAAACACAGAUAAUUGUAGCCUGCAGAUGAAUCUGACUAUAUUUAAAGUUAAAGCAACUAUUAAAGCAAUUAUUUUAGCUGGGGCUGGAGCGAUAUGCUUUUCUCCUGAUUCGAUUCUUCUACGAUUUUUUGGAUGCGGAUUUGAUUUAAAUUGCGAUUCUACAAUAUUGUCAAUUUCCUCGAUUUUAGGUCUGCAUUAUUAACACCAGUGAAACAAUAUUUCCCCAAAAAAUACACAUAACAUGUAAGUCAGUUUUUAAGAUUUAUUCUUAAAUUUGAAAAAAAAAAAUCGAUUUUUGAACAUAAAAAUCGACUUAAAGAUUGUAAAACAAAAAAUCGCGAUACUCAUGUGAAUGUUUUUUCUCCCACCCCUAAUUCUAACAUAUUGAUUGGUCAAACAAAAGCUAAUAUUACUAGUUACUUACUGUCUACAUUUACUAAAACAAAGAAGUUGUGGUUGUUUUUUGAAGGUGAGAAAAUACAAUCCAAAAGGAAGGAAUCCUUUCUAUUUAGCUGAUGUACUGUUAGCUAUGAAUUUACUCUUUACCAAAUGUAAUGUGUGAAAUGCUGGUAGCUGAUGCUCUUUUCUAAUAAGAGAGAUUCACUAUUCAGGCGGAGGAGGAGGCUGCGCUUCAUGAAUGAGGACAUUAGGUCCAAAUGUGUUUAAAAAUGUAUAAAAAGGGCAGCACGUCUCUUAUUCUGAGUCAAAGAGGACAAAACACGAAUACGUAAGUAAUUUAUUUGGCUCACGUCACAAAAGUUUUUGUCCUCCUUUGAACUGCGCUGCCUUUUGUAUCUUUGAAUACCCAAUCAAAUAUCAUGUUUUACUUUGCCAAAGGCCUGGUCUCCUCCUGGAUCUUACUAACAGUUGUCUUUUUAGUUGCCGUUAACGCAAAACAGGAGUGUAACAAUGAAUUUUAUUUAAACAAGGUGUGAUAGGAACAACAUUGAAUAGAGAGCCAGAAAGUUCAUGAUACACAAAAAUAAACAACACGGUCACGAAUCAAAUAUGGUGUGAGUGAUAAGAUUUCCCUCAUUGUUUUGAAUAAACUGGAUAUGAGAGCUUCUGGGGAAACCUCUGCUGCAAAUAAACAUAAUGUUAUGAACUGCUUCUCAGGCCGAACUGCUCACAAAAUCACAGCAAGUGAAAUAUUCUGCCCAUCUGGUUUACAGGCGCAGCAGAGCCCCCAGAAUUCCCUGCAGGAGCUUGUACUCAGUGAGGAUGAGAAGAGGCUUCUGGCCAAAGAAGGGGUGAACCUGCCCAGCAAACUGCCUCUGUCCAAGGUACAUGAGCAGAACACAUACAUCUAUGUAGGACAGAUGUCUCCCCUCAUAUUCAGGGCCUCCUCUCCAAUCUAAAUCUGUAUCCCCAGUCACAUAUCUACUGCCAGAUCCUCCACCCCCCGCCCCAUACCUCCUGUUCAAAACCCUGUUUCCACUCACUAACCCCUUUCUCUUUCUUCUUUCUCCUCUUUUCUUGCCAUGUGUUUUAUCUCCCUGACAAGUUUGAGGAGAGGGUUUUAAAGAAGAUCCGGCGGAAAAUCCGAAACAAGCACUCAGCUCAAGAGAGUCGGAAAAAGAAGAGGGAAUAUGUGGACAGUCUGGAAGGAAGGUAGGAGCAGGCGGUGCCACACAUCCUCACUGAGCUCAACGUUACCUCUGCACAAAGUUAGCAAAUAAAACUUUACCUGUAGUUGCGCUCUGAGGUACUUUACAAUCAGAAUAUUUGGUCAUUGACUUGAUUAAUCUCGACAUACAGGACAGAACCAGGUCAUGAUAUUGAAACCUUGGUCAUGUUGCUGUCUUUACAUCAUAGUAAAUAAAAGUCAGGGACACUUUUUUGGAUUUGGCAACACCUCUUUUUCCCACUCUCUCUGUUUCGUACAGAAGUAGUGUUUAUUUUCAAGAAAAAACUGAAACUAUUUGCUGUUGUAUUUGAUAAACAACAACAACAAAAAAAUUCAGAUUUCUCAUUUUUUUUGUUUUUCAGAAAACUUUUACAAAGCAAGACUUUAAAAGAAAAAGUAGUCUUCAAAGAGAUGUACACAGGAGAAGAGAGUUACAAAAUCACACUUAGGUGUUAAAACUUUGAAAGCUGGAGGUCCUUGCAGAUUCUUCACUCCCCUUUUUUUAUUCCUCAUAUUUCAUUUUAAAAGGGUAUUUUCACAUGUUGAAAAAGUACAAGCUGUGAAAAUGCAUCAUAAGUGAAUGAAUAUCAUUUCCGUGUAUCCACCAAAUGUGAACUAUAGUUAGUGCAGUUGUUUAAGAUAAUGAAUUAGAGUGUUAUGACAGCAGAUGGGUUAAAAACUUGGCCCAGUCUGUUUAGAAAGUUUUCGCAGGGAGUCGCAUACACUUAAUAGUGCAGACAUACAAAUACUUGGUAGCAGCCGUCUAGGACUAAAAUUAUGAGACCACUCCAGAUUUUUCCUUCAGUAUGCUCUCAUCAUGGAUGAAAACAUUUAAAGUCCAGGGUCUGUAAAAGACUGGUGGAGUAUGCCAGGAUGCACAAAAACUAUAUUAAAAUAUCAGAGUUAUUCUAGAUACUGAUAUCUGAACUCUUUCUCAGAUGACGCAUCAGUUUUCUGAUGUUUGAUUAUAUUCAUGAACUUGUUUUUCUUUGAAUUAUUCACAAUCUGAAAAAUAAUGCAUUUUCUGAUAUCUUGACCAGCUGUUUUUGUUUUUUUUUUAAAUAAAAUAAAAGAUCUAAUUGAUAAUAUUUAACUUGGAAGCUAGCAAAACAGAAGAAAUGUUUAAAAUGUGUUCAUUUUUGUAAACGUGAACAACACAUCUAUGAAUAGUUGACAUAGAGGAAAGUAUAUUUUUGCAGCGGUAUCCUACUUUUUCCUGGGGCUGAAAACUUCUCUUUGAAACUUGCAGGCACAAUAAGGCUUUGAGCUCCAUGCUGCUAACGUUUUGAUUAUAGGUAUCAUGCUAGCAUAGCAUCGAAUAGAAAAAAUAAUGUUGGUAUCAAAAAGAUAGCAGUCAUGAUAUGUGUGGAAAUAUUUUUGUGUUGACAAAAAAGACCCAAACUGCUUAACUUCUCUUCAAAACCAAUCGAGUUCAGGGUUUGCAGCACUUAGUAUCUGCACAUAAACACCAACAGCAUCUGAUGUUUUUCUGUCCGUGUUUUCUUUUUGAAAUUUCAUCGGAGAGAAGAAAAUCUUAAGCAUAAAGGAUCAAUACAGGACAGUCAUAGAGGAGAAGUGCAGUGAGAAAACUUUCGUAACAUAGCAACACAAACACUCAUGAGAAGCCCUCUGAAAUUGUGGCUCUGCCAUCAUAAAGACGGCCUUAAUAGACACAGGCCCUUAUCUCGAGAGUACUGAGCUAAUCGACCUUGUCCGUAUAGAUUAUUGAAGAAGACGGGUUCAGUUUAGUGUACUGAACUGAUUUAAAAUUAAUAGAAUAUUAUAGACUUUUGUGUCAUGAAGGACGAAUGUGGAGGUUCUUCUGCUCAAUAAUAAUGUCUUUUAUAGUAGAGCUGAGUUUCUAUGUUCUGUGGUCAGUAGGACAGAACAUGCUGUGUCUUGUGACAGACAGCAACACAAAUCAGCACUUAAACCACCCUGUGCUGCAGCUGGAGGAGGUUUGACCAGACAGAUUUUUUCAAAGAAGAAAGCAGUUAUAGCCUUCCUGUGUUCCUCUACUUUAUGGUUGUGCAGAGUGAGUCGCACUUCACAUCAAGACUGUCAUGGAAACCAUGCCAGCCUCGCACAUCUGCUCUUCCGCUCUCCCAUUACACCUUCACUAACAAUACAGAGGAAGAGCUCCUGGCUAUGAUUUUUUGUGUUCACAAAUUGUACAGCAAUCCCCUUACAAUUACUGUAUGUGUUCAAUCAUGGUAUAUCAAUAGGACAUCAUUAUUAGUCAUGGAAAAGCUCAGUUGGAGGCCAAUUAUGGAUGUUGUGAUGUGAAAGAAAGAAAACAGAAGCAAAGGUCAAGAAAAUUGGGUGUAAGACAGCACUAAGCAGAAUGAUAUAGGCAGAGAGAAACAAAAGAAAUGAAGGGGACGUAUUUCUGUAUUAUUACAAUAGUAUUACAAUAAUAUCUAGAAACUGCCUGUCUUAAUUUAUCACUAUCCUUCCUUUUUUCCCUUUAGGAUGUCUGCCUGCAGUGAAAACAACCUGGAGCUACAGAGAAAGAUCAGGAAACUAGAAGAGACCAACAAGUGAGUAUUUUUGUCCUUGUGACUUUUAUUGACUUUGUCUUUGUCCCCACUAAUCUGUGUCAGCUCCCUCUUCUGAAGUGGAUGACAGAGUUUGAAAACGUGCUACUAGUUAAAGAAAUCAGGUCUCAGGGACAUACAAAGAACACAAAGCCCAUUCAAUUUAAAAUCUCACACUGGGGACUCUGAUUUAUCCUCCUCUUCGUCCUCUCAUCUCAUUAUUCUACUUUCGUCCUCACAGUGGCAGACUGAUGUAGUGAAUUGCAAUAACACGUGAUAAGAGACUGCACACAUACGUUCCUCGUGUGCUGCUCUAAUUUUAUUUAGUUUCCAGUUGUUGCACAUGAUAAAAGAGCAACCCAGUGGUCCGUCAUGUGAAAACUCUACAUUUACCCUUUCAUCUCUCUGUCUAUAUUUGUGUUGCAGCGCUCUGCUGGAGCAGCUAAACCAGCUCCAGGCUCUCCUUCCCAACAGCUCCAGCAAAACAGCACACAGAGGAACCUGCAUCCUGGUAGGAAACAUAACAUGUUACAUUUAUUUACACUCCGGAAAAUGAUCGAAGACAGAGUAAUGUGCCAUAGCUAAAUGAUGGAUGUAGCUCAGGGAUGGAGCACAUCAUUAGAACCCCUGUCUGACAUGACUGCAGCUGCAUUCCUGCUCAGAGGUUAAUGGAGUCAGAUGUUGGAAAUGCAUAUGUGUCAUUAUGUGCAAAAUACAAAGUAGGCUAUGUCUAAAAACUCCAUUUACUCCUCCCACUGGCUCUUUCUGCCUCUGUCAUCUUCCCUCUGUCUGUUUUUUGUCCUCCUGACUUCACUUUCAUCCAGGUUCUGCUGCUCUCCUUCUCCCUCAUCAUUUCCCCAAAUCUCCAGCCUGAGCCGUACAGCCAACUCAGCCAGAGAGAGUACUUACUGACCCGAGGUUUGGAGAUAUACAUACAAGCACACUUUCUCCUUCUUUAAAAAAAAAUUAACAAACCAAACACAUACUAUUAAUCUUCUCAUCCCCUCAGUGCCAUCACGCUCCCUGCCGUCAAUAGAUGAAGCACCGGACAUCCCUUUGCUGCCUGAUGGAGAAACUCUGACCCUGGAGAGGUCUCCCUGCAGUAAAGCUCCCAUCCUCUCACUUCCAAGAUGACAGGAGGCGAAAAUUGCUAAUCUCCUCGGGGGACCCUCAGGGAGGACGAUGCAGCAAAGGAGCCCAGGCCUGCUCACAAACACAGCAUUAAUAUGAGCACUUUGUUUAUUA